GAUCCUAAGCCUAUUUCAUGCACAAUUCCGGACGUUUCCGUGUCUGCUUCAUCUAUUGCCCGCUACGCGCUCCACUCCACUAGAAGGAUAAAUGGAGAGAAAGUAACGAAGGAAAUUAAUGUGGCUUGCCUCUGGGCUGCUUGGACCUGAACUCUUUUGUACUUUUUUGUGUUUUUUUCUCUAGUUUUUGAAAGGAGGGGGGGGACGAAUAAAAAAGUUCAUUUUCGUGGUCUGAGAAAGAAAGAAAAAGAUAUUAAUAUCAUGGCAUGGGGGUGGGGUAAUCAUUUCUGCAUCCCAAGCUGAGCAUCUCCAUCAAGAGAGAAGGGGAAGUGGUCACUUGCCCUUCUUCCCACUGCCCAUAUAUAUGCUGUCUUGUUCAUGAUAGGAAAAGGGGGGAAAGAAGUGGCACUUGGCCUUGUCAUAGAUUCUGGGGAACAUGAAGAUGGGGUUCUUGAGAUUAAAUUAUAGGAUGCUUCUGAUUUCUUGAGAGAUGGGCUCUGGGAAAGUAGCCAACAGAGGUGCAGGGCAUGUCUUUGGCUCCUACAUUUCCCUUCCUGGAAAGCCAGAAGUGGAAGCAAGUGUUAGCAGGAGAAGAGAAUAAGCCUCUCCUACUUAUCUUCUGUUUUGUAUGUUUUUGUAUUUGUCCAUGUCCUUGUGCUUGGGUUUCUCUUGCUGGAAAUUUAGAUAGAUUGAUAGAUAGAUAGAUGUUAGAUCCUCUUCAUUGCUGGAGAGAUGGAGUCUGGAAAUGGGUUCUUGUCCAUCGACGAGCACCGCAUAGAUGCCAAGUGGUUUAUCGAUCCCAAGCUGCUCUUCGUUGGCCCCCGGAUCGGGGAAGGUGCUCAUGCGAAGGUCUACGAGGGAAAGUAUAAGAAUCAGAAUGUUGCUGUCAAGAUUGUGCAUAGAGGUGACACUCCUGAGGAGGCCGCGAAGAGAGAGGCAAGAUUUAUGAGGGAGGUGGCCAUGCUUUCUCGGGUCCAACACAAGAACCUGGUCCAGUUCAUUGGGGCAUGUAAGGAGCCUGUGAUGGUGGUGGUCACUGAGCUUCUGCUGGGGGGGUCGCUGCGCAAAUACAUGCUGAACAUGAGGCCACGGAGCUUAGAGCCUCGUGUUGCUGUAGGGUUUGCACUGGACAUUGCUCGGGCUAUGGAAUGCUUGCAUUCACAUGGGAUCAUUCAUCGUGAUCUGAAGCCUGAGAACCUGCUGUUAACAGCAGACCAAAGAACAGUGAAGCUUGUUGACCUUGGUUUGGCAAGGCAGGAGACGUUAACUGAGAUGAUGACUGCUGAAACAGGGACAUAUCGGUGGAUGGCUCCAGAGUUAUACAGCACUGUUACAUUAAGGCAUGGAGAAAAGAAGCAUUACAAUCACAAGGUGGACGUGUACAGCUUUGCAAUAGUAUUAUGGGAGCUGCUCCAUAAUCGACUUCCAUUUGAAGGCAUGUCUAACCUGCAAGCAGCUUAUGCAGCUGCUUUCAAAAACACAAGGCCUAGUGCAGAAAACCUUCCCGAGGAAUUGGCUUUGAUCUUGACUUCCUGUUGGAAAGAAGAUCCAAAUUCCCGACCAAACUUUAGCCAAAUAGUGCAGAUGCUUCUACAUUAUCUUUCGACGAUUUCACCUCCUGAACCUGUGGUCCUUUCUCAUGUAUUUACUUCAGAGAAUAUGGUUUUGCCACCUGAAUCUCCUGGGACAAGUUCAUUGAUGGCCAUCCGAGAUGACAUGGAUAAUACCCCGAAGGUCAAUAUGGAAAACAAGUCAAGGGGAUUCUUUUUCUGCUUCAACCAGUGCUACUGAUUGCCAAUUUAGUAUAACUUUGAAGGACAACUGUUGCAUCCUGCUGUAGGCAAUUCCUGCAUGCUGUAAGUCAUGGAUGAAUGAGAAAAAUCUUUGGCUUCAAUCACUUGAUUUUUGUAACUUUAAUAUUUUAAGGUCUAUAACAUUACAUUUGACACCUAA